AUGAGCUUCCGAAAGGGUGGUAGUAGUGGAAACAGUUUUAUGAAAAAUCUGCCCUUUGGGCUAGGGUAUGACGACAUAACUUCAAAUGAAACUACGGAAUUCCCAAAGAUACCAUUACCGGUUAAUAAUCCCAUAACGUCUAGAGAAAGAUCCUUGGCAGUAACAUAUAUCAACUUUGGCAAAACUAUUAGAGAUGGUCCAUUCUAUACAGGGUCUAUGUCUUUGGCUGUUGAAAAAACUGACAACGGUAAAAAGAAGCAUGCCCUGGUUGAUGAAGAGGGCGAAAAGGAUGGAAUAGAACGAUAUUCUGAUAGAUAUCUGAAAAAACGUAACAUUGGUGCAUCUAUUGAUGAACAUCCAUACCAUCUGGAAAUUUUUCCUAAGGAGCUUUACAACGUAAUGGGCAUAAAUAAGAAGAAGUUAUUGACGCUAUCUAGAUUUGACAACACUGACAAUAUCUUCACGGGCGGAAAUGCUCAGGAUGAGCUUUCCAUGCUAGAAAAGCUGAAGGAAAUGGCUGAAGAUGAAGAUAACGAGGAAGAAAACCGUGAGGAAGGUAGAGCGGGUGAUGAUGUGGGUGAUGAUGAUUUCGACGACGAAGAUGACGACGACGAUUACAACGCAGAGAAGUACUUCGAUGAUGGUGACGAUGACGAUUAUGGGGACGACGAUGCUGGAGACGAGCCUGCUUUCUGA